AUGGCCGCGCGCAUUGGCCCGGUCGCGCUGGCCGCGAUGACCGCAUUCUUUUGCAUUGUGGCCGGCUGCAUGGCGCGCAAGCCAGAUAUGCCUAAUGUGGCAUGGAACGAGAAUGCUGCCGCCGCGAUCGGCCCCGACAUCGCCGAGGUGGCCAGGAACGCAGGUGUGGACGUGCGUGAGCUGGUACACGUCCUAAAUGACCGCGACAUCGGCUAUGACAAGGUCAACAAGCGCCUGCUCUACGCGUGCGAGGGCAUGGCCGUGCCCGCCGGUGCCACCCCCGCCGCGGCCCCCGGCUCCGCCGUCGCUGGUGCCCCCGACCCCACUGACCUGUCCCUGGCGUUCAAGCUGCACAGCCGCCCUGGCGCGCCGCGCCGCCUGGUGCUAGACUUCACAGGCCACACCACCACUGGCACAGCCUGGAACAGCGCAACCCGCCCCAGCAUUGUUACGCCGCCCUACGACCUGGACGGCGUGCCGUCCACUUUCAGCGACACCGAGCGCCGCAACAUCAUUGCCAUCUGGCGCGCCGUGGCAGAGGACUUUGCCGCCUUUGACGUGGACGUCACCACUGAGGAGACAGACGCCAGCGGCGCCCAGAUCAACCUGGCCGACAACGGCGCCCGCGCUGUCAUUGGGGGCUCGUCUUACGACUGGUUUGGCUCAGGCGCUGGCGGUGUCGCCUACGUGAACACCUUUGGCAAUACUUAUUACGACCCCGCCUUUGUGUUCCCUGCCCAGCUGGGCUCCGGCUACCCCAAGUACGUGUGGGAGGCCACCAGCCACGAGCUGGGCCACCGCCUGGGGCUUAGUCACGACGGCGACACCCUGGGCAAUGCCUACUACGGCGGCAGCGGCAUCUGGGCGCCAAUCAUGGGGGUGAGCGCGCUGGCUGGGCGCAUGGUGUUGAAAGGCGAAGGUUGGCUACAACAAGCCGGUUACGCAGUUCAGCAAGGGGGAGUACCCCAAUGCUAA